CAUAACGAAAAAGGAGGCGGUUAGUCUUUGUAGUCGGGAGGAAUGCGGAAAUGUUCCUGCUCUGUGUCAAACUUAUCUGAAGGGGGUCAAGGCACAUUCAGCCAGCGUGGGAAAGCGAAGAAGAGACGGAGCUCACAGGCAAGCGUUGCAUAUCCCGGGAUAAAUGGGGAAAAGAGAGUUACAACGAGGAAAAACUGAGAAAAGCGUGGCUUGGAGAACAUAUCACGCUUUUGUCCUAUGACCCCCCCAAAAGUUGCAGUAGGCACUGUGUUUUUCUGUAAGGAAUACCCCCCUCCCCCCGGUAUUAUAGUUUCUUUGCUUGAGCUGCAGUUGCAGAGGUGGGUAGCCUACUGCUGAGGGAUGGGGGUUACAGAAGCGUGCACCAUCCGACUACCUGUGUGGCCCGGCGUGACAGUGAGGGAUCUGUGAUGUGUCUUAGUGUGAACAUUUAUCCAAAGGAGGCAUGUUUCAUAAAUUCAUGGACACGACCAAUUGCGACUUUCACUGAUAACCUAAAAUAAGGCAUUGCACGCGCCAACAACUAUUUUCUGUGAGGAUGGCUUUGUAAUAACCCUGGCUCGUUACGUUCGUUGGGAUUCCCCGCAAUAUUCUCAACAAGAAAAAGAAAAAAGACGCAAAAAUGGACAAAGAAAGUGUAUCACAACAGUACGAGCCCGUCGCCGAGAUUGGGGAAGGUGCGUAUGGAAAGGUGUACAAGGCACGAGAUUUGAAGAACGAGGGACGCUUUGUAGCCCUAAAACGAGUUCGGGUACAGACGGAGGAGGAAGGGAUGCCCCUCUCCACCAUCCGUGAGGUGGCGGUACUGAGGCAACUGGAGGCAUUCGAACACCCCAACGUAGUCAGACUGUUCGAUGUGUGUACUGUGUCUCGGACCGACCGCGAGACCAAGCUGACCCUGGUCUUUGAGCACAUUGACCAGGACCUGACCACGUACCUGGAGAAAGCCCCUGAUCCUGGGGUGCCACCUGAAACUAUCAAAGAUAUGAUGUACCAGCUGCUGCAGGGACUGGACUUCCUGCACUCACACCGUGUGGUUCACCGGGACCUGAAACCCCAGAACAUUUUGGUCACCAGUGGAGGACAGAUCAAACUGGCCGAUUUUGGCCUCGCCAGGAUAUACAGCUUUCAGAUGGCCCUGACCUCUGUGGUGGUGACGUUGUGGUACAGAGCCCCAGAGGUGUUGCUCCAGUCCAGCUAUGCCACCCCAGUUGACCUGUGGAGUGUGGGCUGUAUCUUCGCUGAGAUGUUCAGGAGAAGACCUUUGUUUCGAGGAAACUCAGAUGUUGAUCAGCUGGGCAAGAUUUUAGAUGUGGUCGGGGUUCCCUCGGUGGAGGACUGGCCCCAGGAAGUAGCCCUACCACAGAGUGCCUUCUCCCCACGACCCCCUCAGCCAAUCGGAGAACUUGUCCCUGACAUGGACGAGCUGGGGAAAUCUCUUUUACUCCAAUUCCUGGCUUUUAAUCCCUCCAGAAGGAUAUCAGCGUUUGCUGCUCUGACCCACCCCUACUUCCAGAGUGUGGAUAGUGACACUAAGAGUGUGUACAUCCAGCCCAUCGGCAGCAACAAGCCCACCCUGGAGGAGAGAACUGCCUGACAGCCCCCUGGCCAAGGACUGGACUGGCCUGACAGAGAGGGAGAGAAAGAGAGGGAUGGACACAAAGACUGAGAAAGAGAGCAAUAAACAGAGACAUUUGAUUCCAAAAGGCAACAGUGCUGUCUUCCACAAUUUACCGAUUUGAAUGCUGCUUUUUAGGAUACUUAAAAAAAAAGUUUAAACAAUGCAAGGACCCCUGAAGCUGAGAUGUACUGCCACCAGGGGAUAACCUCUGGAUGUCCAGGAGCUGCUGCCUCUUGUCUCUCCUUCCUUAGCUUGAGGAGAGGCUCCUCGGUGGGGGAACACCAAGCAACAAGGGUAGGUCGGCAUGGACCUCACCUGGAGCUCACCUUCACAACAACCGAGAGAGGUGACACACACACACACACAUUUUAAUCCAAUGCAGGAGGACCUCACACACUGCCUAGUGCUUCUUCUGGUCCAAACAAACACGUGUGUUUUGAUAUCACUGCCACCUACAGGUUGUCCUGUGUUACUGCAGGCCAGAGCAGGAUUUCUGAUGGGCUUCAUCUUAUAAGACUUUGACUGGUGCGAACAGAAAAGACUGAAAAUGUGUCACUUUGAGGUCCUCUUAUGGCAUUCGUACUUCAGUGUCAUAAACUGUGAUGAAAUCUGAUUGCCUCCAUUCGAGACUCUAUGUAUGACCUGAUGCACAGGGCAUAGUAAAGUGACUGUUGAAUGAGAAUAAGGUCGACGUACGCACUAUUCAGCACAAUUACAUUUGGCAUAAAAGCAUGAUUCUGUAUUUCCUAACUUAAUUUUAAAGUUAUUGACAGUUGAUGUCUUAUUUUCUAUUUUGUCUUAAUUUUAUUGGACUUUAACAACAUGUGAGAAUUUAAAUGUAAAUCUCUGGUAAGAUCUAGAAAGAAUACAAGGUAAUAUCCAAGGGAGGAAAGGUUUGACAAUGUGAGGCAUGUAGAAUGGUAUAGAGCUAGAUACUGCACUAAUACUGUCAGUAGUGGUGAAUAGCUGGUUUUACUUGCAUAUCCAGCACACUGACAUGUGUAGCAGGAUAGUAGUAAGGUUAGUGUAGGUGUGGGUCAGUGAAAUGUUCUUCGUUGGGAGAUUUUUUAGAGAGAAAAGGCAGGCUGAUACGUCGGAUUCAGAGGAGGUUGAACAUUGUACCUGCUUCAUUUAGACUGAGUCUGUAAGGGUUACAUAGAAACAUACAGGGGUUCAUGUCGAAACACACAGCUGUUCUGUGGUAAGUUGUUUUAAUACCCUACGUAUUAUGCUCACUUUGAUUCAAUAUGACUAGCUAGAGUGCUUUCAGAGUUGCUCCCUCUGUGGGAUUGGAAAAUAGUUUAUUUGUUUGUAAAACUUCUUACUGCACAGUAAUACAUCUAGACCAUAACUUUCCCUCUGGUAUAUCUAGUGCUGCUAGCACACAAAUACACUCAGGAUCUUAUUAGAAAUCAAAUCAGAAAUCAUUCUGACACACUUUGCACAUUCAUGAUUAGACUCCAUCAACUGUUUCAUUGGAUGAUGUUAAUUGAUCAACUGUUUCAUUGGAUGAUGUUAAUUGAUCAACUGUUUCAUUGGAUGAUGUUAAUUGAUCAACUGUUUCAUUGGAUGAUGUUAAUUGAUCAACUGUUUCAUUGGAUGAUGUUAAUUGAUCAACUGUUUCAUUGGAUGAUACUUGAUCAACUGUUUCAUUGGAUGAUGUUAAUGCUACAACAUGAUUGUGCUUCUAUACUCAUAUUACAGAAUUCCUGACCGUGUGAAUCAAACUGCACGUUUGCUACGAUACAGUAUGUUUGAUAUCUUACUUGUUUUUCAGUGUGGGGGCGCAUAUGGUUUAAUCUAAUACAUGAUAAAAUAAAAAACCACAUGAAAGAAUUUUGGACUGAGCUCCCCUCUCCAUGUAGAGUUGUUUUGUACUCAUCUCUGUCCUGUCAGAUGAUUCAUGCCAUUGAUGGAUACAUUGCAGACUUCAUAUUACAACUCUCUAGAAAUAGGGAUUGUCAAGCUUUCUUGGUAUCGGUCAGUUCUACGUCAACUGCCCUAAUAAGUAGACUGUCAUCAUUGUAGUCUACAUUAUAUCAACUUGAAGCGAUCAAUGUAUGUUUUUGUUUGGUUUAAGAGGUUUAUUGAUCAUUUGUAACUUAAAACAUGGGACAGGAAUACUUUUGUCUAUGUAAUAUAAAAUAAUAAAAGUAUACUUUUUUACAGACACCUACAUGGGGUCUGCCAUAGAUUUCCAAUGAUUGCAGAAAUGCACCUAUGAUAGCUCUGUAUUGCAAAUACCCUUUAGCCAAUGAACAGUACUGAAACAUUUAGUAUUUUAGCACAUUUUCUAAGCUCCGAGGAUGAAAGUAAAGGCCACAAAUGUAUUUGAAAUGCCAACUUGUGACAUGGUAACUUCAUUUACAAUGAUGAUAUGGAGAUAAUGGGCAUUAUGUUUACAUGAAUAAAUGCCACCAGUGGUGAUUGCUUCAUGUUGCACCAUUUUAAUAAAAAAUAUGCUUUGUA